AUGACGAAGAAUCAGCAUGUGAACAACGAGACUGCAGCUCGUCAGGAGAACGAGCCCGCUAACGACGUGGAGCAAGUGGCAGCCGUACCGGUGGUGGUCCCGCGUGUGCCGCAGCCCAUCUUCACGAUCGUGAACCCGCCGCUGAUCGACGACAUCUCUCGCGAGUCGUUGCUCGAGUGGCUGAGACUCCGGAAGGAGUACGUCGCAGUGACUGAGGCACGCUGCAAGGCAGCUAACGAGGAUGUGAACUCGACGCUACGCACAGUACGCGACUCGUUCAACGAGGACUUGCUUGAAACCAUGUGCGAGACUCGUUGGGACGUAGACAUCGAGGAUUUGACCGACGAAUUUCUGAUGGAGAAAAUUACGGAGAUCACCUCCAGCUUUAAGAACAAGGUGUUGCCAGACAUGGAUGACCUGUUUGGUAACGAGUUAAAGAUGAAUGAGUCGAUUUCAGAUGUCGAGGCUAGAGUGACAGCAUACUUCCAUCUCGCCAACGAAAUUAUCAAGCGCAACGGUGUGACUGACCUUUUCGCUGGUGAAGACGGGAUCAAACGCAAGUGCAAGGUACUGAUGAAGUUCCUACCUGGGCCACUGUCGAAGAAGGUGGUCAACGAGCUGGAGUACCGCAGUGGUGAGGCCAAGGCGAGUGUACGGAGUUUGUAUAAGGUGGUGAGCAACUUAGCGCUGGAUUUGGAGAAAGAGAACAGGGCGGUAAUGCUGAUGAAGGCAAAGUUGCCGAAACCGGCAAAGCCAUUCAGCACUCGAGGUCCCAUGAAGGUUACCACCAACAAGAAAACUGUAACUUUGACUACUGUCGUACCGAAAGCAAAGCAAAAUCUUUCGGCUGGACACAAGCAAGGUGAGCAGCGCCAAGUCACGGGGGGUCCUCCACCCAAACAGUGUUUUCAUUGUGGCGGAGGCCACGGAUUCAUUGAGUGCCCGACUGCGACGGAGGCGGACAAAGAAGCCAUCAGGGCGAAGCGGCGAGCAGAGUUCAAAGCACGAAAGCAAGCCAGUAACAAGCAAGGAAAACGCAACUAG